AUGACGAUGGCGAUGAUAAAUUACGACGAUUACGAUUAUGAUAAUGACGAUAAUGAUGACGAUGACGAUGACGAUGAUGAUGAUGAUGUCAAAGAUGAUGAAAAUGACGACAACGAUGAUGACGAUGACGAUGACGAUGAUGAAGAGUAUGAAAAUGAUAAUGAUGAUGAUGGUGAUGAUGAUAAUAGUGAUGAAGAAGGCGAUGACCAUAUGGCGAUGAUAAAUUACGAUGACGAUGACGAUUAUGAUAAUGACGAUAAUGAUGACGAUGACGAUGACGAUGACGAUGAUGAUGUCAAAGAUGAUGAAGAUGACGAUAACGAUGAUGAUGAUGACGAUGACGAUGAUGACGAGUAUGAAGAUGAUAAUGAUGGUGAUGAUGAUAAUGAUAAUGUAGAUGGCGAUGACGAUGAUGAUGACGAUGACGAUGACGAUGAUGAUGACGAUGAUGAUUACGAUUAUGUUGAUGACGAUGACUAUGAUGAUGAUGAUGAUGAUGAUGAUGACGAUGAUGAUGACUAUGACGAUGAUGAUGAAGAUGACGAUGAUGAUUACUUAAUAACUUAA